AUACAUGACAAACAGGUCUGACGUCAUUAAAAGUGUCCACAAAAGUAAAUGAAGCGGAUAGAAGCAGGUAGAGGGAGAGCAGGUGCAAUCUCAGACUGGAACAGAGAGUGACCAGGCCAGAAAUACUCUACAGCCAUGGGAGCCGUGACAUGUUUGAUGGUUGCAGUUGUUGGCUUGAAUGCACUUGCUGCUGGAGCAGGACUGGCGUUAUCUGCGGUGGCCAUUUGGGUUGCAGUGGAUGGAUAUAAACUCUACCCGAUAUCUGGUGUAUCAGGGAAAGACGACAUCUUUGCCGGAGCCUGGAUUGCCAUAUUUACAGGCUUUGCGUUUUUCCUCACAUGCAUCUUUGGCAUCUUCGCUGCCCUGAAAAGAAGCCGUGCACUCAUGCUGGUGUACCUUAUCAUAAUGUUCAUCAUCUUUUUGUUUGAAUCUGCAUCUGCCAUCACAUCAGCAACCAACCGGGAUUAUCUGGUUGGGAACAGCAACCUUGUAAAGAAACAGAUGCUCCAGUAUUAUGCGGACAGCAGCACACAAGGACAGCAGAUUACUACCACAUGGAACAACGUGAUGACUCAGGUCCAGUGCUGUGGCGCUGAUGGUCCGAAGGACUGGAUACAGUAUAACUCCACCUACAGGCAACUGUUUGGUGCUGCAUCUCUAUGGCCCCUCGCCUGCUGCAGAAGACAGAGCAGUAACUUUGAGGUGGCAAAUGUAAUAAGCUGUAAAGCUGGUGAGAUGACCAGCAUGUUCACACAGGGUUGCUUCCAGUACAUUGAAUCUGUGUUAAGCCGUUAUACCUGGGCUGUGAGCUGGUACGGUUUCUCCGUUCUCAUGUUGGUGUUUUUCACAUUAGUGAUCGCCAUGAUUUACUACACACAGCUGCCCUAACCAUACGGACUCUUCAAGACGUCUACAUUUUCCACACACCUGCUUCCAUUCUUAUGCAGUUACAGAAAUAUACCAAGAAUUGCAGAUUGCACAAUAUAAUAAAGAUAAUUCAUAUGACAAGAAAUAUGAAAAAGUGUCUUGCAGCGUGACACACUUCAUCUAAACAAUUAUAAACAGCUUGUCUAAGUGUUAUACAUAUCAUUUGUAUGAUCUGGUAUAAUUUGCAUGUUUUAAUUUUAUGCCACAAUAUAAAUAUUAGAUCAAAAACAUCACUGAGCGUAAUGAAUUGCGUUAAUGCUUGAAGUUUUAAUAGGUCAGCAGUGAUCAUCCUCUUAUGACUAGUGACAAAAAUAUAUAUAUGCAUGUAUGUAUGUAUUUUUUAAUUUUAAGUAACUGAUGCUUAUUUCAUUUGAGAUGUUUUAUGGAUAAACAAUUAUAUGGGGUUAUUUUAAAUUUACAAUUAGCUAGUUUCUUCAAAUGAUUGUAUUCAUUUUCUUGAUGUCUCCAUCUACACUUUUCAGGGUUUCUGCUGGUUUCAUCAAGUCAAAUUUAGGACUUUUUAAGAGCCCUUUUAAGACCAUUAAGCAUGAAAUUUUAGACUUUAGGUACCAGGUACCAGGUACACUACCUGACAAAAGUCUUGUUAUUGAACCCAGUUAUAAGAGCAACAAAUAAUAACUUGACUUCUAGUGGAUCAUUUGGAAAAGUGGCAGAGGGUUGAUUUUUUUUUCCCAUGAAUCAUCUGUUGAACUGCAUCCCAAUCAUCACAAAAACUGCAGAGGACCUAUUGGAGCCUGUACAGAGCCAAGAUUCUUAUAGCAAUCAGUCAAGUUUGGUAAAGGACAAAUCAUGGUUUGGGGUUACAUUCAAUAUGGGGGGGGGUGUGUGAGAGAACUAAAAGUCAAGUUAUUAUUUGUUGUUCCUAAAGCUUGGAUAGAUGACAAGACUAUUGUCAGGUAGUGUAAGUUUUUUUUUCUAAUGGCCCGAUAUUGUCAUGAGAUAUUGUGUAAUUGUUUUUAGUUUUUAUUAUUUAAUUAGGGGAAUUUGCUGUUAAAACAAAAAUAAAAAAAUAAAAAUAAUAAAUUAAACAGCUGUUGUCAAUUGUAUCUGCAAUAAAAAAAACAAAUAUAAAAAAUAAGGUUUUAUCGAGAGAUAUAUUGUUAGUCAUUGGGUGGAUGUCGGCCCAAAUUAAGCAGCUUUACUUGGACAAAGCAAAAUGAAGACCUGUUUAAAACGAUUUAAGACCUACAACAUAAUAUGUUAAUGAAUUGAAAACUUUUUAAGUCUUAAAAUGUAGGUUUUGAAAUUGAAGACAUUUUAAGACCCAGCGGACACCCGGACUUUUUCACUAGGUUUUUCUAUAUAAAUAUUUCAUAUCCAAUGGGCUAUAUGCACACAGACUUUAAAUUUCAGCCUGCCAGCCUCGGUGCUUCCGGCGACCUGUCUUUUCAUUAUAAAAUGAGUACAUUUAAGGUCUGAGUACAUUUAAGCAUUUAAGGCUGAUUUCUUUCAAAAUCAGUGGUCUUCACUGCCUGAUAGAUAGCCGAUACAAAGUGGGUUUCAGACAGGACAGGAGCACUGUAUUAAACUAUAUUUUCCAUGUCUUUAAAAUAUGACUGUUUAUUUCGCCUGCUGAUCCUGAUGCGCUAGCGGUUACAGUCUUUCAUCUAGUUUUAUAUAUGAACAACUAAAUGAAUGCUCAAGUCUAUUUAACUGAAUGUAUUGUAAUUACAUUACAACAUCAAUGCUGUAAUAGGAACCUUAUGAAAUUGAAAAUAAAUCACAUUAAGCUUUCACCGGAAGUUUAUCAUUGGCUGAAAAACACUAGCUGUGCAUAUCUCUCAUUUAAUAUCCAAAAAACAACAGAACAUUUGAUUCGUACGAUUCUGCUGUAACUUACUUGACAAUGUUUCUGUGUUCAUCAAAUAAACGUGUAACUGUGUCA